CUUUCAUCUCUGUCUGCUUCGUACCUCCUAACCAACCUACCUACCUACCUGCCUACCGACCUGCCUACCUACAACCACCAUUGCCAUCACAGCCGCUGAACAGGGGUCUUUUCUUCUUAUUCAAUCCCCAGACAACCUGUCUCCCCCCCCCUCUCCCGCCCCAAUUGAACGGCGACAAGGUUGAGGAGCAAAGGGGCACGGGCGAGAGGCGACAAUGGCGGUGUCUCCCGUCGUCACGCAUCCGGCCGAUGCCCUCCAGAACCCGCGAGCCGUGUCGUCGCCGCUCAAGAACGCCAGCUCCGCCCAGGCCUCUACCAAUGGGACGCCCACGACUGUGCCGGCUACUUCCGCAGCCACCUUGCCGACCUCCCUGGACCUGGCCGAGCAACUCAACGAGGACGAAAAGCGCAAAUACGUCAAGGGGAAGAAGCUCGGCGAGGGUACCUAUGCUAACGUCUACCUGGGAUUUCUCAAGAGCGACCCGUCGAAAGCUGUCGCCAUCAAGAAGAUCAAGGUGCAGAAGGAGUACACCGAGGGAAUGGCCCCCGAUGCCGUCCGCGAAAUCAAACACCUGCAGGAGCUAUCCCACCCCAACAUCAUCACCCUGCACUCCGUCUUCUCCUCCAAAGACCAGAAUCUCAACCUCGUCCUCGAGUAUCUCCCCCUGGGCGACCUGGAGAUGCUCAUCCGCGACACGGACAGCGUCCGGUACGGCGCGGCCGAUAUCAAGGCGUGGAUGGGCAUGCUCACCAGGGCCGUCUGGUUCUGCCACGAGAACUUUGUGCUGCACCGCGACAUCAAGCCCAAUAACUUGCUUAUCGCCGCCGACCGCGAGGUCAAGCUCGCCGAUUUCGGUCUGGCCCGGAGCUUCUCCGAUCCCUACAAGCCCAUGACGUCCAACGUCAUCACGCGAUGGUAUCGCCCUCCCGAGCUGCUGUUCGGCGCCAAGCACUACUCGGGCGCCGUCGACGUCUGGUCCGUCGGCCUGGUUUUCGCCGAGCUGGUCAUAAGAACGCCCUACAUCGCCGGGAACACCGAGAUGCACCAGAUCCAGCUCAUCUGCCAGGCCGUCGGCACCCCCACCGAGGAGAACUGGCCCGGCGUCACCAAGCUGCCCGAGUACACCGUCGACAAGGAGGUCCACCCGGUCCGGGGACGCGACCACUACAUGUCCAUGUUCGGCACCGUCGGAUACGAGGGCGUCGACCUCCUGAUGAAGACGCUGACGCUCGACCCUAAGAAGCGCAUUACGGCCCGGGACAUGUUGAAGCACGAGUGGUGGCACAAGGACCCGAAACCCACGCGCAAGCAAGACCUACCUAAGAAGUCGGGCGGCCAGGAGAAGGUCGGUGCCGACCUAAAGAGGAGACCCGGCGUUUUGGACGAGGACCGCGGUAGCAAAGUCUCGAGAAAAUUAGAUUUUGGGGCGGCAAAAUGAGUCUUUUUUGAGGGGGCGCUCUUCUACGAUGCCAGGAAUGAUGAUGGUUUUUUUUUCUGGGACGGCGUUUAGGGGUUUGUGGUAUGCCAAGGGCGUAACAGGCUACCCCAUUCAUCGGUCCACGAGCCACAAGGUAUAU